UUGAGCCGGAGCGGAGCCAGAAAUCGCGGAUCAACCUCGGCCCGCCCGCCUUUCUCGCCUGGGCCUUCGGAUUGCUCGCAGCCUCAACUUCUCGAGGUGGCCCGGCAGACGCAUCAUCAACGACGCCAUUGUGCUCCCAGAACAUUCCCUAAACGUCCGUUGACAAGUCAAUCAAGAUGGGCGGCGGCGGAAAAAUCCCUUACCCCAAGCAUGUCUGGUCACCGGCUGGUGGUUGGUACGCACAGCCUGCCAACUGGCGCGGCAACACGCUGAUUGCGGGCGCCGUCAUGUUCGGCAUCGUCGCCAUCACCUGGAACUUCAGCGCCGGGCGGGAAACCUGGGCGCGAAAGCCCGAGGCCUGGGAGUGGCACCCUAGCCGGUACUGGUCGAAGCAGUUGAUUGAGUGGGACAAGGAGGACCGAUUGAAGUUGGAGCAGGAGAAGGAGUCGAAGUGAUUUCUCGGAGG